UUAUCUUAUCAUCCUAACCUGCUGCUCACCCUGCUCGUUGCCGUGAAGAUCAAAACAGCGAACAAGCUUUCUUUUGUAGAACGAAAAUCCUUUUUCUUAUCAGUUUAUUGCUCAAGUUCCAAUUCGUUUCUCAGAUACGACCACCGUAGCCUCAUGCGUGUGAAAUUCGAAAGUCAGUUAAUGAAUCGCGUCUAAACGUGCCUUCCUCGAAAUUCUUGUAACAAUUUUACCUUUGUCAAGUAGUCAAGAUGAUUUGCAGAAAUGUCUUCAUUUGCUCCCUCUUAGUUUGCUUCGGAGUAUCUCAUGCUAAAAAAUUCGUUCGAGUGCCGUUACACAAAAUACCCUCUGUCAGAAGUGAAGCGAGGAAUGUUGAUCUGGACUUGAAUGAAGUACGCAUUCAGUAUGGAGACUACAGUGAGCUGAAUGGCCCUGAACCGUUACAAAAUUAUAUGGAUGCACAAUACUAUGGCCCAAUCACCAUUGGAACUCCUCCUCAGAAUUUUAAGGUUGUUUUCGAUACUGGAUCCUCUAACCUUUGGGUGCCCUCCAAAAAGUGUAGCAUCACCAACAUAGCAUGUUUGACUCACAGCAAAUACAACAGCAAAGCCUCCUCCACCUAUGUAGCUAAUGGCACAAAAUUCCAUAUUGCUUACGGAUCUGGUAGUCUCAGUGGAUUUCUCUCUACAGAUACUGUUUCGAUUGCUGGGUUAUCUAUUGUAAACCAAACAUUUGCAGAAGCUGUGACAGAACCAGGUCUAAUUUUUGUAAUGGCUAAGUUUGAUGGUAUCCUAGGACUUGGAUAUGAUACAAUCUCUGUUGAUGGUGUUGUUCCUCCCAUCUACAAAAUGUACCAGCAAGGUUUAAUUGACGCACCAGUUUUCUCAUUUUAUCUAAACAGAAACACAUCGACUCAGCCAGGUGGUGAGAUUAUUUUUGGUGGCUCAGAUAGUGAAAAGUACAAGGGUGACUUCACUUAUGUACCUGUAACCAAAGAAGGAUAUUGGCAGUUCACCAUGGAUGCGCUAACAGUUCAGGAUAGCAACUUCUGUUCUCCAUCUUGCAAUGCUAUCGCCGAUACUGGUACCAGUCUCAUUGCUGGUCCAAGUGCUGAAGUGAAAAAGAUCAAUAAACUAAUAGGUGCGGUUGGCACUGGAGCGGAAAGUUUUGUUGCUUGUGACUUGGUAAGCAGCUUACCAACCAUCAAGUUUGGUAUUGGAGGAAAAAUGUUCGCUCUUGAGGGAAAAGAUUAUAUUUUAGAGGUUUCCACCAUGGGCAAAAAAGUGUGUCUAUCAGGUUUCAUGGGCAUUGAUUUACCGCCUAGAACUGGACCUUUGUGGAUCCUUGGAGAUGUGUUCAUCGGAAAGUAUUACACAGAAUUUGACCUCGCCCAAAAUCGUGUUGGAUUUGCAGAAGCUGUAUAGUUUUUGUUUAUGAUUCUAGUGUUCAUUCCCUGUAUCUCUCUUUCAUGGAACAAAAGUCAGUUGCCUUAGUUUUUUUCAAAAGGUGUAGUUAGAAUGUAGAAAUUCAUUAUUUUUGGAUUUUAACUAUUAAUUUAAGUUUUUCCAAGUCUUAAUAGUCAUUAAUUAACACCACUGCUCAAAUAAGAUUGAAAUGCCUCAUAAUUUUGAAAAAUUUUACGUUUAUGAAGAACUUUCAGUCCGCACCUUUGAAUUAUGGUCAUUUCUCCAGUACGAGAAAAUUUAUCUGAAACUUUGCAAUUUUUCAAUCCUUAAAUACUCAUUGAAAUUUCAAUAUUCUUUUUUUAUUGAUAUUAAAAGAUUUUCUGUUUUCCUACUUAAAAUGUUUUCCAGUUACCUUUAUUGUGAACAAAAUGAAACUCGGGCAAAGUCUGUGGAAUUGACCAUUUGAAGUCUGAUUUUUAAAAUUUUUAAAAUAAUUGUAGCUGAUUGUGAUACGUUUUACAAGUCAAAAGUUCCCGAUGAUGAUCAAAGAUAAAAUACUCAAUAGAAUGAGUUGUAAUAAUUUGCCGGUUGUAAUUAUAGUUUUGUGAUUUGACAUAUUUUGUGCACUAAUAAAUUUUUCUAAUUUAUUUUGAA